CAAGUUUGUGUGUGCUGGUUUACCAAUCCCCGACAAUGUUUCCGCCAGAAAUGCGACGUCUUGGCGCUGCAUAUUCAUUUUUAGGAGGAAUGAUUUUUCUACUUUAUAUCAAUAAAGGAUGUACUUUUUUAAAUGAAGUGGAGGAGAAUGGUGUAGUACGUGGCCAAUCUUGUUCGAAAUCACAGCCUAUAGCAGUAGUGCAGAAUGAAGAAGCCUUAAUACGAUUAAGUGAAAGGUUUCCGGGCAUGGAAUCAUGUUUUGUAAUGUCACCCAAAGGGAACUGGACAUUUACCGAUAAACCUGAAAAGUAUGAAGAGACGUCAUCGCAAGAGAAUGUGACCUUCUGGGGUAAUUUCACAGCGGGUGACUGCGGCGUUCGUAUAAGAAAUGUCUCGAUGAGUGAUGAUGGGUCUUGGAGCCUAAUUAGUAUACAAACGAAUGGAAACUAUUGUGAAUCUACAGAAGUAGAGUUAAAAUAUAUUGCUCCUGAAGAUAAAAACGUGAAAGUAAGCGCUGGAAGCCGUUUAUCAUGGGAUUCUAUGGUCGAUGGAGCUUCUUACUGCAGCAUAAAGAAGCCAGACGGAACUCCUUAUUAUGAAAUGUUUGCUGGUUACUGCAAAGUGGACAUAGAUAAAGCUUAUUAUGGCGAUGCUGGUGCAUGGACUGUUUUACUAGGCUUCGAUGGCAAAAUGGAAGAAGUAGAGGUGACAGUAAACGUGGAAAUUGAAGGAACUGUGUGGCAUGGGUAUUGAUUAGGUGUC